UGAAUGGUUUCGAUCCACAUUAUGCAUCUGAAAAUAGCUAUCCAAUUUAUCACCAUGGUAGUUCUCAACAGACAUCAAAUUCAAAUGAGAGCCUGAAUGUUACAAAUAAUGUAAACCAAAAUGAUGAUUAUGAUAAAAAUCCAGAAGGAUUAAAUGGAGUUAAAUUGUUUUAUUUAUUGUUUUUGUAGAACCAAAACAUCUCACUGAACGUAAAAUGGAGAACAAUAUUUCCUGCUUUAACCCAAUUAUACCAGAAGCAAUUUCUCCUUUAUGGACGUUCGGAUUUAAUCAGUCUGUUCCCCUAAUAAACUUGAGCGACGAUCGAUCGAGCAUAGUCUUUUAUUCAUCUGCCCAUUUAUUGGUAUUAUUUGACAUAAAAAACAAUAGUCAGAAGAUUUUGAGGGGACAUUGCAACGAAGUGAUGAGCAUUGCAUGUAGCGGCGAUAAACGUUGGUUGGUUUCGGGUGAUCGUGGCAUUGAUAGUGCUGUCAUAGUAUGGGAUGUGAAAACUGGAGAAGCAGUUCGGACAAUCACCAAACCACACAGUUAUGGUGUCAUAUCGGUUGCUCUAACCAAGGAUGCCCGUUACCUGGCUACAUUAGGCGCUAAUCCCGUUGAUCAGAGUUUCUCUAUUUGGAACUGGACCACAGGAAGUAAUUUGCCACACUGCCAAGUUAAGAUAAGCGGUGAAAUGUCUUUUCAGACAAAAAUAACGUUCAAUCCAGACAACUAUUAUCAUAUUUCCACGAAUGGAGAACAUCAAGUCAUAUUUUAUUCGUGGAGCAACGAAAAAGAAGAUAUGGUGGCCUAUGCCCCUUCCCUUAAGGAUGACGAUUUUAAACAGAAAGUUGGUCAGUUCUCUUGCACUCAGUACAUUCCUGAUAAAUGCAUUGCUAUAACUGGCACUUCAACCGGUCUCUUAGUUAUAUGGGAAUCAGACAAACAGCCCGUCAAAGGAGAAAAUUCUGAAACACCAUAUAAACGGGCAACAAAAUUGAUACCAUUACAUGAGAAAGGAAUAACUUUUCUUACAACCACAGCUUGCCACCCUUAUGGGAAAUGUAUUGUUACUGGUGAUUCUAGUGGACAAGUGAAAUUUUUCGAUUGUAAUUUCAUGCUUUUGUUCUGGUAUCAAGAUCUUAAAUUUGGACCGGUGAAUUGCGUCAGUUUUGCUACAACCAGUCUUUUUACAGAAAAAAAGCAAUCGAGUUUUACUGAAUCUAUCAAAGGAAAAGAUUAUCCUACUUGUGCAACAAUCGGCGCGGAACCAUUUAUAAUAGAAGAUUUUAUAGUUAGUACAUCAAGUGCAGUCAUGAUUUCUGUUACAGUUGAGGGUGGAUUUAAAAAGAUAAUUUUAAGAGAACACGAUUCAGAUGUCAACGGGUUGACUACUCACCCAGUAUUGAAUCAUGUAGCAACAUGCAGUCAUUCUGGACUUUUAAAAAUUUACGAUUAUGAAAGCAAAUUAGUUAUCACAACGAAAAGUUUUGGCUUAAACAAUCCAAUUCAAAGUUGUGUAUACGAUAAGACUGGACAAUAUAUUGCUGUCGGUUUUAUGAGUGGAUAUUUACGUGUCUUAGACUCGUUAACGUUGAAUGAGAUGACUUCUGAACCAUUUACAUACGGAAAAGGUCCUAUCACUCAUAUUGAUUUUUCAUACUGUAAUAAUUACUGCGCGUAUGCUGAUUCUGCAUUCACAACAACAUUAUUAUUACGUUCUAACACUCAUGAAUGUGAAAAUUCAUGGUGUUACGUAGCACGAGUUCGUGCUCAUAAUCGUAGAAUUACAGACCUUUUAUUUUGGACACUGACAGAAUCUAAAAAAUCUCGUCUAUUCACAUUAAGUGAAGAUAGAACAUUGGCUGAAUAUGAUUUAUAUAAUUCAAGGAAACAUUCAUUACCAGUGAUAGCUCGUUAUCAAGUUGAACAAUUAGCUAAACCAUUAUGUUUAAGUAUGCUACCAUUAUCAUGUUAUAAAGAAGAGUUCUUUUUUAUAUCGAAUUCUUCAUCUAAAAUAAAAUUAUAUAAUACAUCAACUUUAAUGUGUCGUAAGACUGUCAGUUCAUUCCCUCAAGGAAUUGAAUAUACAAAGGUUUUACCUCUGAUUUCUCAAACAAAUAAUUCAAGUUAUUUUAUGGUAUGUCUUUCGAAAGAACGAUUGGGAUUAAUUAUGCUCCCAUUAGAUGGUGAUCCAUUGAAGUAUACCAAUAUUAUUGCACAUCCAAGUGAUGGUCGAGGUGUUGGACAAGCUCAAGGAUUAGCUAUUGACAGAAAUGGUCUUUAUGCAUUUACAGCUGGUGGUCCAGAUACUUGUGUACACAUGUGGACAUUAAAUCCUAGUGUACUAGGAAAAACUGUCAAUAUAGCAGGGUGUAUGAAGAGAAGAUUUUAUGACUUUUUAUCUCGAGAUUUUCUGGAAGAAAUGAAAGAUUACUUCUACUAUUCCAUGAUUAGAACACAAGGAAUUUGUUGCAUGGAUGAACGUAAAACAUCAUUCACGAUUCCGAUAACAGAAAUACCAUUUGUUAUGAGGGCGAUAGGUUUUUAUCCAACAGAAGCAGAGGUUGGUAUUAUCAAGUGUCACAUUCUGUAAAUUUAUUUACAUUUUGAAAUAGUGUAUUACAUAAUAUUCAACUAUUUUUUCUACGAAAUAAUUUAAUACAAAAAUGGUCAACUGUGUUUGAAUAGCAAACAAAAAGGUUAAUACAUAAAAGCAACACGAAUUCUUUUACGUAAUGACCUGACUGACUAUGUUCUGGUGAUCUUUGAUCAAACUUUUAGUAAGCACUAAUAAUAUUGUACAGAAUAACAAAGAAAAUUUCACAGUUAAACUAUCUUGAUCGAGGAAUUCAACGACAUCAAAAUGUCAUAUUUUCACUCUACUUACUAAAACCAAUUCAGUAGGUAAAAGUAGUUUAAAAAAUAACUGUUGAAUUAUCUUCUAAUAUAUUUUAGGUUGAAAAUAUGAUAAAUGAAAUUAAAUAUUCUAGAUUUUGUGAUACUGGAGAAUAUACAACAGAAAUUGAUUUGGACACAUUCAUUCAGUUAUAUUGUAAUCAUCGACCAUUCCAAGGUGUAUUAUAUAAAGAUGUUGAGAGUGCUUUUAACAUUUUAACAAAUGCAAAUGUUGGUAAUAAAGAAAAUUGUGCUGAAUUGUCGAAUUCUCAGGAAACAAUAACACAGGAAAAACCAACUAUUACAAUGGAAGAAUUAUUUCUUACUUUACAGAAUUCAGGCGAAGCAAUCGGAGAAGCUGAAAUGUCUGAAUACAUGGCAAUUCUUUGGGGUAUUAUACCCGAAGGUGAUCGCCAAGAAAUCUUGGAAGAAAUUGACCCGAAGAAAGUUGAAAAAGAACUUGAAUCACGUAUGUCAACACCCAUAAAUGCUGAAACUUUUGUAAGUGAUAUCUUACAAAUGUAUGUAUAUGGUGAAGAUAAGCUUUCAGCCGAUCAUUCUAAAGAACUUUUAUCGAAAAAAAUACAACAAAAUGAUACACCUCUUCUUGAUGAGUUAAUGUCAAAUGAAAAAUAUGCUGCUAACUCAACGCAAACAGAAUAAAAUUCUCUUUCAUUUCUUCAACAGUUAAUCGCAUCUAAAUUCAAUAUUUCUACUUCAAACAAUGAGGAAAAACGUUUACAUGAACAAAGAUUUACACGUAUACAAUAUAACUACACGUUUACUGUGUCUUGAUUUUAAUAGUUUAGUCGUUUACGUGAAGCUUUGUAUUUGAACGCUGAUUGUCCUACCAGAUAUUACAACAAAUUACCAUUCAAAGUGUCCAUGUAAAGUGGUAUUUAUCAUAAAAAGCCUGAUUCUCAUUAUUAAUUAUGUUAUUGUUUUCCUCAUACAUGUGUUACGUCUCUUCGUCUAACGUUUAAGAAAAUAGACAUUUUACAUAAAAAUAUUUCAAUCGAAUUUAUAUAAUCCAACAGUGAAUAUUUAUUCGCUAAAUAAAUUUUCUGGAUCCAGAAGGUUUUGAAUAUUUACUGAGAAUAAUAAAACAUACGGAGAUUUUUUCCUCAUUCCUUUAUUUAGAAAUACUAUUUUGAGCUUGAUCUGUGUUGAAGCGUAGCUUGACUAUAUGAACUACAGUUCCUGUUGUUGCUUCUUACUAUGUUGAUGUAAUGUAGUGCAAUAUGAAAUGAAAGAUAUUUGCGACAA